ACACACUCACUCCAUCUGCUUUAUGAGCUGGCUACGUUCUCUGCCUCUCCGAGUGUCUUUGAGCUAUUUUGACAUAUGUGCUCCCUCUCUGCUUCCCUGUCUUUCCACCAGUUCCAUACCUCUUUCUCUCUCUGCUUUCCCUUCCCAGAUAGGAAAAUAAGUGCUAGCAGGGUGCGCCAGCGAAGAGGACUGACCAUAAUAACAGGAAGAGGAAGUGGGCAGUGACCUGUAUGAGCGAGGGCUGAGGUCGGACAGCUGUGGUUCAACACUUCUAGCUGCUGGAUGCAAAAGCCACAUCAGAGGCGGCAGGAAGAGAAAGAGCAAGAGAGGUUCAAAACCUGUUGGAAUCUCACCUGAGGAAAAACCUUGACAACCUGAGAAGAAAAAACAAGGCAAUAAAGACUUGGAGUUUUUAGUUCUUUGAGAAAAAAAUACAGAAGAAGAGGCUGUUAAAGUGAUGUCUCAGCCUUCACCUGCUGAGUGAACUCUGGUUUCUAUUCUUCAAUUUGUUGAGUCUCUGAGAGUCUGACAGUCUGUCUUUGGAAACCCAGCUCUGGGAUACAUUCUCAUUCAAGAAGCAUCACCUAAUACUUCAUCAUCACAGACUUCAUUCUGUUUAUCUGUUCCACAAUCCGGAGAAGGAUUUACACAGAAUCCUGGUGAAAGCCAAGCAGAAAGAGAAAUCCCUGCCAGUAGAACAACACCUGCUGCUCGCUUUCUACAUCAGAAAAACCAGCUGACAAAAGAGAAGAGUGAGGAAGAGGAAUGCAGUGGUGGAAUCAGUAGGUGGUUUUACCCUCUGUUCAGCUUAUAACCACCUACCAGCUGCUAAUUUCUCCCACAUACCUGCAAAAUUAAUAAAGUAUCAGAGCUUGAGUGAGCAAGAGAACAUCCUGAAGGAUUUGGGCUUCAUUUUGUACCAAAAGAAGGGUCUGAUCAGCAGUUAAGAUUUUACUUGGCUUGGAGCAUCCACCUUUGUGCACUUUCUUCCUAUCACUUACUGUUCUAGAUGAUGACUUGUCUCCAGCUGUGGACUGCAGGGCUUAUGGCCACUCUGGUCUUGUCCAUCUCUCUCAUCAUUGCUGAAGACUCUGGCCUUCCUGUGGUGGAAGGAAGCCCCGUUGAGAUUGUAAAGAAGGAGACCCAUCCCAUCCUGUUCCGGCAAAAGAGAGCGUGGAUCUGGAACUCUCUCUACGUGGAAGAGGAGAAACCUGCACCUAUCCCCUACAAGAUAGGACAGUUGAAGUCAAGCCAGAAAGUGGAGGUGAAGAGCUUUAAAAUUGAAGGCGAAGGAGCAAACACCAUCUUCACUGUGGAUGACAAAGGAGACCUGUUUGUUACCAGAUCUCUGGACAGAGAGGAGAAGAGUGCAUACCGUCUGACUGCCAGAAUGUAUGAUGGAAAUAAGAAGGUGAUAGAGGACGCUGGAGACUUCAUUGUCCAAGUGACAGACAUCAAUGACAACAGCCCUGUUUUCCCCAGAACAUACAAUGGAUCCAUUAUGGAGAGGUCCAUGAUAGGAACUAAAGUAGUUGAGGUGAGGGCAACCGAUGCUGAUGACCCCACCACUGCAAAUGGAGAGGUCAGGUAUUCGUUAACUCAAGACGGAGACCUUUCUGCCUUUGAAAUCAACAGCAUCACAGGCAUUAUCAGCUGCAAGACAAACAAUCUGGACCGGGAAACCAAGAGUCAGUAUGUGGUGGUGGUAAAAGCUCAGGACAUGAGAGGAAUAGCUUCUGGCAGCACAGCCACCACCUCUGUUACCAUCACCAUCACAGACAUCAACGACAACAUAGCUUCUUUCACUCGAACAACAUAUGAACUACAGGUUCCAGAGAACCACAAGUUGAAUGAGAAGAUCGGCACUCUGGUGCUGGAGGACCGAGAUCAGCCUCAGAACAAAGAACCUAUUUUUACCCUUCCAAAAGAACACACCAACAUGUUUUAUAUUGACAUCAGCUCUACCAAGGAUGGCACCCUCAAGCUCAAACAGGCCUUAGACUAUGAGACAACCAACAGCUACUCUUUUGUUGUGGAAGUGCGAGAGAACCUAAGAGCUCUGCAUUCUCCUCCUGACAAUGUGAACAGCGCGCUCACCUCAGCAAAGGUAAUCAUCAAGGUGUUAGAUGUAGAUGAACCACCCGUCUUCUCCAAGCCCAAAUAUAUGUUCACUGUGGUGGAAGAACAGAUUGUAGAAAACAUAGGAACAGUCACAGCCAGAGAUCCUGACAGAGCCAACAAGAACAUACGGUACGCCAUAUUAGACAGGGACUGUCCUAUCGGAAUCAACCCACAGACAGGUCAGCUGCGCAGCCAGAGGACCAUGGACAGAGAACUGGAGCCCACUUACUUGUGUCAAGUUAAGGCACAAGAGCAGCCAAAUGGUCUGGAGUCAUUUGUAAUAGUUAACAUUACAGUUCAGGACAUCAACGACAACAAGCCUGAGCUGGUUGCAGAUGAGAUCUUUGUCUGUGAGAAUGAUGUCACUAACACGGUCAUUGGCAUCUUGAGAGCCACAGAUAAAGACGAGCAGCGGGCUUCCUUCACUUUCAGCCUGGCUGGUGGGAGCUCCAACUUCUCCAUCAGAGACUAUGGCAAUAGCACAGCAGGCAUCAUUGUGAAACAGGGCCCCUUCAGUAUGGAUGACCCCAAGGAUCACAGCGUGGAUGUGCGCAUCAGUGAUGGAGGACAAACCAGUAUCACCAGAGUGGCAAUCAAGUUGUGUCGUUGCGAUGCCAGGCGGAUUUCCAUGGAGUGCAAAGCUGAAGCUCAGAGGAUGGGUGUGAGCGUUCAUGCCCUGGUAGCCAUUCUGCUUUGCAUACUGACCAUUCUGGUCAUAGUGAUCCUGUUUGUGUUGAGGAAACACUACCAGAAGGACUCUCUGACCAGUAUGAAGAACAGUGGGGAGAUCCAUGAGCAGCUGGUCACGUACGACGAGGAGGGAGGAGGAGAGAUGGACACUAACGGCUACGAUGUUUCAAUCCUCACUUCUGCUUGUCACGACGGCUCCCUACUCCGCCACCCGGAUCACCACCCUCACCCUUCUCUCUACGCUAUGGUCCAGAAACCCCACCACGCUCCACCCCCAGCAUGUAAGGGAGACAUGGCCGCAAUGAUCGAGGUGAAGAAAGAUGAGGCGGACCUGGACAGAGAUGGCUUCCCAUAUGACACUCUCCACAUCUACGGCUACGAGGGACCGGAGUCUUUAGCUGGAAGUCUCAGCUCUCUGGAAAGUUCUUCCACUGGAUCAAAUUUGGAUUACGAUUUCCUGAAUGACUGGGGGCCAAGAUUCAGGACCCUGGCUGAGCUGUAUGGAGUGGAUGGACCAGACUACUACAGUCACUACUGAUGGAGAGUUUCUGCUAACAAGUGUACCUGAUGCCAAAACACACAUACAAACACACACACAUUGAAAACAGCCAUAAAAUACACACAAUCCCACACACAUACAACCAGGCUUCGAUGCUGUCUGUCUUGUUUCUGGUCAAGGAGCUUCAAUCUUGCAGAUAACUGUUCUCCAAAGACUCCUCUAGCUUCUGAAAGCAGAAUCAGGUCGGUCUGUUUUCCAGUGUAACAUCGACUGCCUUGUGUUAUCAAGUGUUAUUCACCAAGUUUGUUGUUGAGCCUCCCCACUCAGUAAACAAGAGUGUGAUCACAAUCCAGAGCUUCAUCAUGAUGAAUCCAAGUAUUUUUGUUGUGGCGAUGACUCUUUCUUUUUGCCUCUUCCAGGAUGUUGGGGGAAAAAACCCCAGCAAUCCCAGGAAAUGAUGCUGCAAGAGAAAGUGAGAGCUAACUGGUGACCUUGUGAGAUCCAAACUGCAUGGAUGCUUUAUAUUUCAUCACAGCUGUGUGAUCUUUUUCAUCAUAACCCCUUUGUUCUGCCUUCAAAGAUCUUACAUCCAAUCAGAUAAAACUGUGAACUGUAGCAAAACAGAGUUAAUCUCAGACAAUGCAUGAUAUAAGUUCAUCUGGUCACUGCUGGCCACUAAGGCUAAGUCAAGCCACCCUGCGAAGGAAACUUAUUUUGACCGCUUAUAUUCGCAGUCUUAUUCUUUUGGUCCCUACCCACGGCUUGUGACCAUAGAUGAGGGUUGGAGGACUGACUGGUAAAAUGAGAACUGACCUUUUGGCACAGCUCCUUCUUCACCACAACAGUCUGGUAUAAUGUCAACAUUACUGCGGAUGCUGCCCCUAUCCGCCUGUCAAUCUCACGCUCGAUUUUACUCUCACUUGUCAGAUAUGGGGGUGCUCACUAUCAAUCCACGCCGCUUCACAACAUAGUUUUAAAUUAGUUUGUUCAAGUCACUUUUGGGAUGCACAAUGGUGCGUGUCAAAGAAGCUCACUGCUGACUUGAGUUUUUUGCCACACUUACUCCUCUCUUUGGUAUCAACAGCCUGUAAUCUCUUUGAACUUUAAUGCUUUUUAUAUUUGACGAAAGGGCUACAAACAUGGAAAAAUGGUGAUUUUACUUUAGAUUAGAUAUUUCUGAUUUGAUUUGUAAAUAUAAUUAAUUAAGGGGUAGGUGGAUUGAGGUGAAAAACUUUGAGCAGCCAUAAGAGUUUUACCUCAAAGGGUUUUGAAGUGUUUGAACACAGUGAGAUGCCAGUGAUGUUUUCUUCAUUUGAAAAAGGACCAUCUUCCAGGAAAGGUCACCUCUGAAAACCCCACACCGUUCAUGAGUCUGUGGUUUCGACUCAGUUAUUAUUUGGUAUGCUCACUUUCUCACAGCAUAUUGUUAGUGAUUCCCUACAUUUGACCUGGCAUUAGCUGUUUGUCCAUUUGUCAAGAGAGUCAAGACAAAUUUCAGACCAGGUGCAUUAAAGGUCCCUGAUUUUAGCAUUUUUCAUGGUGGAAACCUUAAAACACCUUUCCCUCUCUGUGUUUUCAGAAACAACCAUCUGAUAUCAAUGAGGAGUCAUUUUCUAAGAGAGCCAUUUUGUCCAUUUUCCUAGUUAUCUUCUGGUCUGAGGAGAAAAAAAGACUAUAGACAGACACACAGAAAGGAAAUGGCAGUACUUGUGCUCAGAAAGAAUUACAAUGUGUUCCCAGGUUCUAUUUGACAGAAGCCAUCAUCACAGCUAUUGUUGAGAAAAAAUCUCAGAGGCCUAGUAGGACAAAAGUGAUUCAGACAGCUCAGGAAACGCUGAGUGGCAAAAGCAACUAUUGGGCAGCUGUGAUGACUCCUGAGGUGGCAUGAAUAACUUUAACCUCUCAUCCUUUUUGGCUACUGUUGGACCAUAAAGCCUCUGAUCCAGAAUUUCUUUUGAGAUUUCUAAUUUGUUUGAUUCUGUGCAGUCUAUUUGCUCUAUAAGUAAUCAGGAACAAUCGCUCCUAUGGGCUGUUUGAUCCCUGGCCUGUAGGAGAAGACUGUAGAGAAUCUGGCAAAGAACUGUGUAUUAAUGAUCCACUAGAAUUAAAACAACAAAAUGUUAUCUUAUUGUAUAAAUGACGGGCCUGAAGAUAAAUGAUGAAGAAAGACUUUUAUUAAGGUAAAAUGUCACUAGUGACCACUUUAAAAUCUACUUUCCUGAUUAUAAAAUGGUGCCCAUUAAAAUUAGUUGACAUGACAAUAUUUAUGAGGUUCCACACAGUCACACACUCAUGUGUAUUCAGGACAUUCCUUUUUUAUUUAAUUUAAAUGCAGUGUAGAGAAUUUUGUUUAUUUACUUGACUGUUUAUUCUAUUUAGUUUGGACUUGAACUUGUUUCAUUGAAACCCUGGCUUCCUUUGAAUGAUAAGCAGUGGAUACAAUAGCUGGAAGCCCCAUCAAUGCUUUCCUGUUGGUUCAUAUAUAUACAUAAAGCAGCCGGUUCCUCCACCUCACUCUAAGUCUUUAUUGGGUUUUCCUGCUCUCCCAGUUUGUCCCACCAUAUCUCUCCCACUGUCUUUCUCCCUCCGUCCUUUAAUCAGCUAAACCAAACAGUGGAGUCAACUUCCUGUCCAUCUGGGGGCUUGUGCCCGCCCCUUCCUGUCACUGUUAUCUCUCGUGUGAGCCAACAUAUUGUGCUCACUUCCUGUCAGCCUGGCCUGGGAAACGGACCAAUGCAAGGAGACAUAGGAGAUGAGGUUGGGGGUUAGCAAGAAUGAAGGUGAACAGAACAAUGUGGCACAAUGAUGACUUUUCCAGCUGAGCAGAAACACUUCAGAGCAAAGAUAAAAUGCUGAGACAUGUCAUACAUGCAAGCGUUACCUGGGCAUCUGUGUGAAGCAACCUGGAUGAACUAUUUCUUAGAGAUCAAUGUAGAAUACCUCAAAUAGAACUUUAAAUUUACACUAUUAUAAACAACUUAUUACUCUGGCAACCCAAAGCGGCAGCUAAAAAAAACCCCAUUAUAUUAAAAUUUGAAUUUGAACUCAACAUUUGUUUUUGCCUCUUAUGUUAUCAUGAUUUUUACAUGGCAACGUUUGCACAGAUGAUUACAUUCCAGUUGCAAAUAAGCAAAAGAAACUAAAUAGAGGACCAACUUUAAAAAGCAUAUUAAAUAUUGUGAUCACUUUUAUUACUGCUGAAGACAUUUGGUUUUUAAGUGGGUUUUAAAGUCAUGUCUCAGUUAAUUGAACAAACCAUUGCUAACUGUUCUGGCUGCCAUGUUUGUUUGGGGCAAAAAAUGGAGACUGAGUUUACUUUUUGUUUCACUGUACAAUACAGGGAAUAUUUCUCUUGUCAAGUCAUCUCAUACCUGUAUAUCUCAAGGAAACCAUAUUUUAUUUUUAUAUUUGUUUGUGUAUUAUUACUGUUAUCAACAUUAAAGCUUUUAUUUUUAAAAUGUGGGUAUAUGAAGAAGAAAAUGUUGAUAUCCGCAGCCUGUAGCAGACAGAGGUGCUCCGUUAUCUUCUCUCCUGACAGCAAUAAUGUUAGGGUGAGAUGAUCUGAGACAAUGUUAGCCAGCAAUGUUUUCAAUUUGAUUAAAAACAUACUGCAUACACAUCUGGAAGAGUCAUUAAUUGAUUUGGAGUAGUCGGGCAGGGUUUAUUGUUGCACAUGAAUCGUUUUUUAAGCAAUAUUUGUGUUUGAUGUGUAGGCUGGCAACAUAAUAACUUAAGGUUAACCCUAACUGCUCAACCCAUAAGACCCUGUUGACUUCAUAUUCUAAUCAUUUAUGUUCUUAUUCACGCUUCACAUUCUUGAGGACUUCUUUAUUCUGAAGCACUUUGGGAUUAUCUCUCAAAUCCACCAUGAAACAGUGAUGCCCUAAAAAAAGUGCCAUAUUUAAUUUUUUAUUUAUUGAUCAUCUGUAGUUUUGAGGAAGCAUUUAUCUCCUUAAACACUUUGGAUUCAGUCUGUGAGAAUAAAUCUGUCAUCCAGGCACAAAAGCAGUUGUUUAUCUUUAUUUAAAAAAAACCACAGACAGUAUGUACUGACAUACUGCUUUAAACAUAUAACAUGAAAUUACACUUAAAUCACUUCACUGACUGUAUCCCAGGUGUUAGGGAGAGAAGUGUAAAUAGAAAAAAUGUGCCUGAUAGUGACUUUUUUCUGGCCUCACCUGGAUUACUUUCUGCCUGAACAACUGUAUUUAGAGGGUUUUAAACUAAAAUCUUUUUGUUUUUAUUGCUGUAAAAAGUCAAACGAGGAUCAUUUUCUACUAAUGAAAGAAAUUAUGCAUAAAUAACUGCCCCAGUGUGAUUUUCUGUGCCCACUUGUGUGUCUACUGUGUGUUUGUGAUUGUGCCCAUGUACAUACACACAGGUCAAACAACAAAAAACAGCAGCCACAUAGAUAUACAUUUUCUUGUGUAAAUACAGUAAGGGUUUUCAAGAAACAUGUGCCUUUGUUCUUUAAAAUAAAUACUGUAAUUCCUUUUUUGAUGGUGAACACAAUGUUUUCUAUAUUGUUUUUAUGGUGUAUAUCAACUAUUCUUUAUUACCUGACCUUUUUGU